AUGCAGGAAGCUUCAUGCUCUCGGGCAGGUGGCGAUGCAGGAGGCUUCCUGCUCUCGGGCAGCAGUGACACGCGUUGGGGCAGAUCUGCACUGCAAGCCCAGGGAGGGGGACGAGGUGGGGUGAGUGCUGGGUCAGGUGGGAAUGAUGGGGUGAGUGCUGGGUCAGGUGGGAAUGAUGGGGUGAGUGCUGGGUCAGGUGGGGAUGAUGGGGUGAGUGCUGGGUCAGGUGGGAAUGAUGGGGUGAGUGCUGGGUCAGAUGGGAAUGAUGGGGUGAGUGCUGGGUCAGGUGGGAAUGAUGGGGUGAGUGCUGGGUCAGGUGGGAAUGAUGGGGUGAGUGCUGGGUCAGGUGGGAAUGAUGGGGUGAGUGCUGACCUCACAAGGGGGGGGUGA